CGGGCCGCGCGCAGCGGCGGAGCUCGGCGCGCAGCCGUGGAGAUGUCCGCGGAGCCCCUGAGUCGUGCCUACGCCGCCGCCGUCCUGGAGGUCGGCCAGUCCCGGGACUGCUUGGAGGCCCUCCACGGCGACAUGGAGAAGCUUCAGGUGGUGUGCAAGGAGAAGGAGAUGAAGGAGUUCCUGUAUAAUCCCGUGAUGUCGCUGGAGAAGAAGAAGGAAGUUUUGGACAUGGUUGCCGACGACCUGGCCCUCCAUCCCUACACCAAGAGCUUCAUGUCUCUUCUUGUCGACCAGAAGAGGUCUCAGCUUUUGGGAGAAGUGGCCGCAGCGUUCGACGGAUUGUACUGCGAAGCCACGGGUAUGGAGGUGGCGGAAGUGUCGUCUGCCAUCAAGUUGAACAACUCCCAGCAGGCACUGAUCGCCAAGAAGCUGCAGGAGCUGACUGGCGCGAAGAAGAUCAAGCUGAAGAGCACAGUAGACCCCUCUCUCAUUGCUGGAUUCAAGCUGAAAUUCGGCAAGGGAGGCUCCAUGCUAGUGGACUUAAGUGUAAAGGGGCAGUUGGCGAGCAUGCAGAGCCAGUUUGCGGUGCCGACUUGAGAGACUGACCUGCCGGAGGUCGCGGACGCAGCGACACGUGGCAGCAGUAGCGAGAGGAUAUCUUCCCUCGAAUCACAGCGGAUGGAACGACACGUGGCAACAGUAGGGAGGGGAGAUCUUCCCUCGAAGCGCACCGGAAGCGGGAGCAGCAGCAAUACAGUGGUGGAUUGCGGAGGAAGGAGGGAGGGAGGGAGGGAGGGGGGGAGGCAGUUUUCGCUCAUCUCAAGGCGCGCGGAGAGGUAUGGGAGUGGGAGUGGAAGUGGAAGUGGGAACAGGGGGGAGGAGAGCCAAGGGGUGUGGAUAUAGGGGGGGAUGGGGGUGGGAGGAGGGGUAGGGGACGGCGUCUAUGUUGAUGUAUAUAGAUAGAGAGAGAGAGUGCGAGAGAGACUUACGGUGGCAGGGUGUCGGCGACAGGGUGUGGGGCCCAGGUGGGGAGGACGGGGAGGGGAGGAGAGGGAAGGGGAGUGCUGGACGGGAAUGAGGAAAGCAAAGAGGUGGUCUCAGCCACGAUACCAUGCACACGUGUCAGUAGGGAAAUGACCUGAUGUAUUUGAAGCUGAUGCUGGUCCAACCCGAAAGACGGUGUAUAAUAAUGCUGGAGAAUUGUGUUGAAUACAAGGCGGAUUUGCUAAGGAAGAGAUACUACGCGGAGGACCGGCGCCGGAGGGGAUUGAGGACAAGAGAGUAGGAGAAGAUGCGCCGCGGAGCCAUAGACCACAGAGAGAGAGAGAGAGAGAGAGAGAGAGAGAGAGAG